AUGCUGCAUGUAAUUACUGAACCAUUCAGACCUUGCAAACUUAAUGCUGCGAUAAAACAGCUCAAUUGCAAAAAAUCACCUUGCGAUGUCGGUAUGCAUCCGGAAUUUCUAAUUAGAAUGGGACCAACAGCCAAGUUAACCAUGCUGACGCUUUUCAACAAAAUCUGGGAGACCAGUCAUGCUGACACUUUUCAACAAAAUCUGGGAGACCAGUCUCGACCUAACCAAUGGGUUGCCAAAAUAAUGCUAGUACUGAAAAAGGGCAAAGACCCUAGCAACUUUGACAACUAUAGGAAAAUGGCAAGGACCCUAGCAACUUUGACAACUAUAGCCCUAUCUAGACCCUAG